CUGAGAAUAAUUCAAAUUGAACUCAAUGAAUGAUGACAUGACCUGUAAUUUUUAUUACUAGGGCCAAUUCACUGUUGAGAAGAAUAAGACCAUUCCACCUCAUCUAACUGUCAAUGUACCUUGUCACUGUCAUUGUGUUUUUGAGGUUAGCAAAAUAUUUGGUGUAUAAAAAUUAGGAAAGUUUACCCCUAGUUUUCAACUCAGUCCUCUAAGAAAUGACAGUCCAGCAAUAUUGUUUGAGAUGGAACAACCAUCAACCAAAUUUUAUAUCAGUGUUUUCUAGUCUUCUUAGUAGCCAGUCUUUGGUAGAUGUCACAUUAGCUGCAGAAGGAAAACACUUACAAGCUCAUAAGGUGGUUUUGUCUGCUUGCAGUUCAUAUUUUCAGUCUCUUUUCGCUUCAAACCCCUGCAAACAUCCUAUAGUGAUUCUCAAAGAUGUUAAAUUUGGUGACUUACGAGUUAUGGUCGACUUCAUGUAUCAUGGAGAAGUUAGUGUCUCCCAAGAGCAACUUCCGUGUAUUCUGAAGACUGCCGAAAUGUUGAAGAUUAAAGGCCUGACCGAAAUCCCAGUUGAUAAUUCUGCCAAAAAAUGUCAAACUUAUUUAGCAGACAAAUCUGAAAUAUCCCCACAUCCUGAAGAAAAUUGGAACCUUGAAGAAACAAAUAGAGCCACAAGUCCAUCUUCACCUUCCAGUAAGAGAAGGAGGUUAAAGAAAAAUGUGAUUUGUAACACUGCGACAAUAACGGAACCCACAGAAGGCCCUUCGAAUGAAAUUUUAGUAAACACAGUAGGGAAUGUUUUUGAAACAGUUCUAAAAUCCGAAGCAGAUAUUACAGGACAGAAAUACAAUGGCAAUCCUACACCCUCCAUGCAGCCAGGAACUUCCCAACAAAGAGAUCCUGAGCCAACUCAUCAAAUAUUAACACAACUAACACCUCCAGAAGUAAAUACUACACAGAGUAUAGAUUGUUCCACAGUGGAAAUUCCUAGGACAUGCACUACCCAACCUUCUACCGGCAUUCAGUGGAAUGUAAUGGAUCAGUCCGGCUUCAUGCAUUACACAUCAUCUACGUCCGCCGUGAUAUCCAAUAACAUUGGCGCCCAAUUCAUCCAAACUAGCAAUGAAACUACCCCCGCUUCCCCGCACACCAAUACCGAUAACCUCUUAGUAGAUUCUAACACUAUAUCCGAGUCGUACCCCAAUAACAACAAAAGAAAAAGGAAUUUCAACCCGCAAGGAGAUGAGAAUUUCUUGAGAGCCUUGGAGGCAGUUAGGUUCGGAGGCAUAGGAUUUUGUAAGGCGGCUAGGAUGUACGGGGUGAACAACCGAACGCUGUGGUUAGAGUAUAAAAAGCGCGGUUAUCCCAAUUUCAGGCUCAGUAUUAAAAAUAGGCAUCAGGCGCAGGUGCAAGCUGCCGAGGGCGGGAACGCGGACCGUGGUGGCACAGAGGAACCCGCAGUUUCUAGUAAUAAUGCCGUCAGCCAUCCGAUAGCUAUUAUAAGUAGUGCUGUGUUCGAUUCGAAACAGGUGGCGCAAAGGUCUAAGUAUUUCGACGAGGCACAAAAUCCAACAGAAACCAUUAAUUUUCAGAGCAUUAAUUUGGAACACAUGUGAAAUUCCUAUUUAUUGAACAUAAUCAAAGGUAUAAUCCAACUUACAGCAACUACAUACAUGUUUUGGUUAUUUAGUCAUAGAAUUUUAGUGUGUUAUAUGAAAGCUACAACUUCUAACAUAAUUACAAAUUUUUUAUGGGUCUAAAUGUCAGUAAAACUAGUCAAGACUGAAUGAUUCCUUGUAUCAGAGCAGUGAUGAAAUAAAAAAAGAUUCAAAUUUUAUAUCAA